AAAAGUAUUUUUAUUGGAGAAGGGAAUGAACGCUGUAAUGGCUGCCGAUUGACAAUUUUUUAAUAAAAAGAAUACUUCAGUGAAAGUGAAAAAGUUUACAUUUCAGCGAACAGUUCUAGUAAAAAUAGUUCUUUAUAAACAGCAACAUAUUAACGCUAUGUCUGUACCGGAAAGUCAGUUUUGUGAGUAACUCCAAAAACUGUUCAACCACGCAUUAGCUAUGGAUGAGACGUCCGGUGUUCAAGAACCUGAAAAAUCGAAAAAUGGAGAUUCUGCAGCCUCUUCCACAAAAUCACCAGCUGCAGCACCACCACCAGAUGAGCUGACUACAGCAAGUGCUUGUAGCAACGACGAUGAUCUACUCGUACCAACGGAAAAGAGCCACAUUCAUUCAGAUGACGAGAGUGGAAAUCUUUUGGAAGAAAGUAGCUACGUACCUGAUGAUGAGCUGGAUAUUGAGGAUCAUCUAAAACGCAAAAUUGGAUUAAGUGAUGAUGAACCGUCGUCGGAGGGCCACUUUAAAAAGUCGAAAAAUAAUUUCUACGAUGAUGACGACGAGGCUGAUGAGGAGGAUGAUGAAUUCGACGAAGAUGACGACGAUGAAUUUGAGAUCGAAAGGCAUGGCAACGUACAUCCAUUCGUUAAUGUUCAGAAUCGUCACGCCUUCAAAGCAUUCGAAUCGGAUGUGGACAGCUUGGUUGAUGAUUUGUCUGAUGGUGGUGUCAAAUCGGAAUUGGAUAAGUCAAUGUCGGAAAAUGGUGAAACGUUAAACAUCAGUGAUAUUCUCGGUGAAGCGGGCGAUGAUCUAAGCAUAGAUAAAACGGUGAAAUUGUCGGACAUUGUCGUUGAUCCGUUGGUUUUUUCGAAGCAAAUCGGAAGAAAAGUGAAACUUCAUCGCGGAGACGUAGAUGACGACGAUGACGACGAUGAUGACGACGAAAAUGAGGAUGACGAGGACCCAAAAGAUGAAGAAGAAUUGGACUUCGAUAUUUCCGAGAAGCUGAAAGACAUGGGUGAGAUCUCGGUUCAGCCCGUUUCCAAAACGGACUCGAAAACGAAAAAGGAUUUCGAUUUGGGUGAUGAAGUAUCGCUGGAAAUAACGAAGAAAAAUGCCAGCGACACGGAAGACAAACGGAAAAUCUCUAAUUUGCGAAAAAACAUCAGAGAAGUGAUGGACGACAAUCAAUUAGAUGCGUCGACUCUGGCAGCACAACGUGAAGAAUUGGAGCGUUUGGCUCGUGUACAGGAACAACAACGGAUAAUCAGAGAAGUGCAACGCCAAAUCGUUAUGGAACGGCAGAAUAGCAAGACUCAAAAUCGAGUUCUAUCCUUGCUGCAAGGCCGAUCAUCGUCACUACUAAAAAGCACAAUGAAUAGCGGUGCGUCCUCGAGUAAAGUACCGUUUCCCGAUGAAAGCACCACCCUAACCAAAUUAAUGUCCAGUGAAACAAUGCCGGUCGAACAUUCGUUCAAUGAGACCCGGCUUGAAACAAAUCGGGCUAAUUUAACGCCAUCGGUGAGCAUUGCUCCAGUGCGACCGCCAGUAUUAAAACGCGAUAGAAUCGAUGUUCCCGAGGAUGAUAAAAAGGAUCAACCCGUGGAGCAAACGGAGGUUAAGCCGAAGAAAGAUAUCGUAACAAUUGUUGAUAGUUCCGAUGAUGAUUGCAUUGUUCUGUCGGACGACGACGAGGUACCAGAAGAGGAUGAUGAUCCGCAGAACAGUGGAUUGCACGUCAAUGACACCUACAAUGUGCCAGAUGAUCAGGGAAGAGUUGUGAUAAAUAUAGGACAUCCUGAAGGAGAAUCGGACAUAUAUCUGGCUCCGCAAAUAGCUAGAGUUAUCAAACCCCAUCAAAUUGGUGGCGUUCGUUUCCUGUUCGACAAUAUUAUUGAAUCGGUGGAACGGUUUAGCACAUCGAGUGGAUUCGGUUGUAUAUUGGCACAUUCAAUGGGUCUUGGCAAGACGCUACAGCUGGUUUGCUUCUGUGAUAUAUUUUUAAGGCACACCAAUUCGAAGACCAUCCUCUGCAUUAUGCCGAUCAAUACACUUCAGAAUUGGAUGGCCGAAUUCAAUAUGUGGUUGCCGGAAGAUCCAGACAAAUCGCCAAUGAGUUCAUCCGGCGAAGUGAGGCCUAGAAAUUUCAAUUUGUAUGUACUGAACGACACGCACAAAACAUUGAACGCACGAUCGAAAGUGGUGCUGGAAUGGGCCGAAAAGGGCGGAGUGUUACUAAUGGGCUACGAGUUGUAUCGACUGCUCAGUAUGAAAAAAGUGGCGAAAAAGCGCGGACGCAAAGUGUAUCGUGAUCCAGAAGUUGAAAAGGAAGAGGCCGAAGAGCACAAAAAGUUGUUGGAUGAAAUGCAUGCAGCUCUGGUGAAACCGGGUCCGGAUUUAAUCGUCUGCGACGAAGGUCAUCGCAUCAAAAAUUCUCAUGCUGGAAUAUCAGUGGCUCUCAAGCAAAUUCGAUCGAAACGUCGGAUCGUGUUGACCGGCUAUCCGUUGCAGAAUAAUUUACUGGAAUAUUGGUGCAUGGUCGAUUUUGUGCGACCGAACUAUCUGGGAACCAAGACUGAAUUUUCGAAUAUGUUCGAACGGCCAAUUCAAAAUGGACAGUGCAUCGACUCCACGCCGCAAGAUAUUAAGUUGAUGCGGUACCGAGCACAUGUGUUGCAUUCACUGUUGCUGGGUUUCGUUCAACGGCGGUCUCAUGUCGUCCUACAAAAUUCGUUACCACAGAAGGAGGAGUAUGUACUACUAGUUCGGAUGACACCCUUUCAACGUGAUCUGUAUGAAGUGUUCAUGAAUGAGAUUGUUCGCGUAAAAGCAGUUCCUAAUCCACUGAAGGCGUUUGCAGUCUGCUGCAAAAUCUGGAACCAUCCAGAUGUUUUGUACAAUUUCCUGAAGAAGCGAGAGGCUGAUCUAGACUUAGAAGAAGCAGAAGCGGCAGCAAAUGAUCCAACGUACGAGCCACCCAUUGGUUGCAUAAACGAAUCCUCAAAUUCAUCCAAUCAAAAGUUAACGAAAGGAUCGAAGAAAAAACUGCCAACUGCACCGAAAGAGAAAAAGCCGCGAAAGAACGCACGACCAGAAGGCAGUAAGCCACGGAGUCGAAAAGCAAAGGCGAAACCUGAAGCAACAAUUCCGCCUACAUCGGCCAGUGAAACGAAAGUGGAAGAUGUGAAGCCGAUCGAUUCCAAACCAGAACUUGUUCUACCUAAAAUAGAACCGAAGGUCGAACCUCAGUGUGGCACAAACGAGGUCAAAAAAGAGGCAUUCGAUUCAUCAUACGGAAAUCCAUCGCAAAACGAACAAUUUCCGUCGCAGCCUUACAACUUUGGUUACAACAAUUUUGGCUACGACAAUUACGAUUCGAAUAAUUACUAUGGCAACGGGAACUACAACAAUCCCGGACAAAAUAAUCCCAUGCAGUCGCAGCCAUCCAACCAGAACUACUAUCCGAAUCAAAAUUAUGAUUCGAACUAUCAGCAAAAUGCUUACAGUCAAAAUUUGCCACCGCCACCACCUCCACAACAAAACUACUGGCAAAACAAUCAAAACUAUUAUCCGAAUCAGAGCGAAUAUCACCAGGGCCAAAUGUAUUCAAAUUACGGAUCGACCGACUACAACAAUCCAAAUGCAUAUCCACCACAGCAAGCACCUCCAUCAAUGUUUCCCACAACGAAUUCUUCGUCGAACUAUCCGCAAAAUGAAUGGAACAAUUCCGGAACCAAUAACGAUCUGCCGAUCAAAACCGAACCCAAACCAUCGCAGAUCGUAGAUCUGGACACGAAAGAAAUCAAAGUGGAAGCAGUCGUCGAUGUCAAAGAAGAAACCAAAGUGAAAAUUGAAGAAAUUAAGGAGGAGAUUGUGGAGAAGGAUAUCAAGCCGAAGGAUGAUGGAAUCCCGUACGAUUGGGCGGUGGAACUGAUGAAAAACUAUGUGCCAGAUUUGAUUGAAAAUUCGCCGAAAAUGGAAAUUUUCUUUUGCAUUUUAAAGGAGAGUUUAAGACUUGGAGAUCGCAUGCUUGUGUUCAGCCAGAGUUUGUUGACGCUCAAUCUAAUCGAAAAGUUUCUACAGGCGAACACUGUCAACAAUACUGACAUCAAAUGGGCGAAAAACCUGAAUUACUACCGUCUGGACGGUUCUACAGCAGCGCAAGAGCGUGAAAAACUGAUCAACGAAUUCAACUCAAAUCCGAACAUUCAUCUGUUUUUGGUGUCGACGAGAGCUGGUUCUCUGGGUAUAAAUCUAGUCGGCGCAAAUCGAGUGGUGGUCUUCGAUGCAAGUUGGAAUCCUUGUCACGAUACUCAAGCCGUUUGUCGAGUCUAUCGCUACGGUCAGAAGAAGCCGUGUUUCGUCUAUCGAUUGGUGAUGGACUCGUGUUUGGAAAAGAAGAUCUACGAUCGGCAAGUCAAUAAACAGGGAAUGUCCGAUCGCGUCGUCGACGAGUGCAAUCCCGACGCUCAUCUAUCGCUGAAAGAAGUUACAAGCUUGUGCUGGGACGAUGAAAAAGUGUCUGAAAUUCGUGACUUUAGUGAUUGCAAAGAGAAGUAUUUGGACAUUGUGAUGCAGAAAAUAAUUGAAAGUUUUUCGAAACGAAUGUCCAAAGAGCCAUUCCAACAUGAGAGUUUGCUGAUUGAUCGAAAAGAGAAAAAGUUAUCGAUGGCCGAAAAGCGAUUGGCGCAAAGAGGUUACGAGUUAGAGAAGCAAGCAGCUAUUAAACCAAAUUACGAUAAGCCCGGCUCUGGAAUGCAUUAUCGAACGAUGAGGACUCCAGAUGGUGCAAUCGUUCAUCGUCCAGUUGCUUCGGUUCGUCCGAUGCAAGCUGAAAUCGGUGGCGAUCGAAUGCGAACUGGCCCUGCUCGACCUACGAGAUGGAUUCCUGCAGAAGUUUGGCAACGCCAAGGAAUGACUGCUCAAGUUCUGACUUUGCCUGGAGAUGUGGUUAUACCAACCAGUUCGGCUGAGAAAUCCAACAUCGUUCUCAAGGAAGGUCAAAAGGUGAUGGUUCUGAAAUCGCCGAAAGGCAUUUACAUGCAGUUGGAGACCGGUAAAAUUAUUGCCAUCCGAACGUCGUUCAAAAUGGGCCAAGGCAAAGAAAAAUCGCCAUCCGGUUUGAUUGGUCGUGAAUUUAAUGAGAAAAGACCGAAUUUGAUGCGACCGCUUGGUCCCAUUCCAACUGAGAAAAUGCCAAACUUGAAAAAUGCUGACAAUAUUGGUGUUCCGGCAAACAAACCUGGAAGGCCACCCGGCAGUGUGUCUCAAUACAAUCGUGGACCACCUGUGCCGUUCGCAACACAUACGCCUGGGCAUGGAAAUGUCCAUGGACCAGCUCACGGCACAAUUCAUAGUCAUGUACCGAAUCACGGACCGACUCAUGCAAGUAGUCUUGCAUCCAGUCCCACUAGACCCGUCUCGUUGCUGCAAAAACCUCGGCCAAAUGCACCCAAUGCUAGUUUGAUGAAAAAUCGGAUGCCUCAGAAUGUUGGCAAUAAAAACAUCCAAUUGGGUACUGCACGACCGUACAAUUUGAAGCAGGGUCCUCGACUGCCAAUCAAGAAUAUGCGCUCAUCACAAAUGCCAAUGCCAACUUCCAGCAAUUCGAACAGUUCUUUCGAAGGAGAAAGUUCGAAUGAAGCGAAAUACUUUGAACGUCAAAUGGACGAGAUGAAGCAAGACGCAGAGAUGAAGAAACCGAUCGAACCAUCCAAUAAGGUUGAAGUAAUUAGUCAAGAAGUGAUACGGAAAGCGGACGUCGUUGACAGAGACGAAACGACUAGUGGUAACAGCAACGAUGACGUGAUAAUGAUUAGUGCUGAUGAUAAGCCGAAACCACCGGUUGACGAUGGCAAUCCAUUCAAUUACAAUUACGGAAACAAUGCUCCGUAUUACAAUAAUCAAGGGUAUCAGCAGCAAAGAACUCCAUAUCCACAAUACAAUCAACAGCAACAGCAGUCACACCAACAGCAACCAAUUCAACAACAACAGCAGCAACAACAAUCACUACCACAACAGCAUCCUUACUACAAUCAAUAUCCACAAUCGCAACAAAUGCCACAACAAAUGCCGCAACACCACCAUCAACCGCAUCAGUUACAUCCUCCUUCGCAUCAAAAUUACGAUUAUUCGUCACCAAUGUCAACUCUAAGCAGCACAGCUCCAUCGCCAUCUGUGUCGCAUUCAUAUUCAUCGCCUAGUCCGUCGACUAUACAAUCGCCGACACCUACAGCUAUGAUAACUAUUGAAGACGAUCAACCAUUGCGAGAAAAAGUGGUGUACAAACCAAACUUGGUAGAACGAAAGGGGAAGUCGUCGAAGAAAGGUGCUGACAAAUUUAACGAAUCUUAUCAACAACCAAUGAAUUCACAACCUCACAAUUACCCACAACAACAUCAGAUGCAUCAAUAUCCAAAUCAGCAGCACCAGCUGCAAAAUCAACAAUUACAUCCACAACAUCAACAGCAGCAACAACAACAUCAACAUCAGCAACAACAAAAUCAGCAACUGAAUCCGCAUCAUCAACAACAUUCCCAGCAAUACCACCCACCUUUGCCAUCACCUACAAAUAAUUCACUGAAGAACUAUCGACACAAAGCUAGCAAACUAUCACCGAACUCAGAAGAUUUUCAUUACAAUGAUAACUCCAACAUCCAGGACAGCGAGACUUCGUUGAGCUUUCUGGAAAGAACGGCGUCAUCGAUCAACGAAAAUCAAAGUGUUUUCAAUGCUUCGCUUAGCGAUAUAACAAAGCCACCACCAAUGGUUUCACCGGCAGUGAUUCCAGCUACUAAAUCGAAAGCAAAACCACGUUCAAAAGCUGCAGCUGCUCCGAAAAAGCCACCGAAAGCACCAAAACAACCAGCAGAGCCCAAACCACCAAAAGAAAAAUCUAAAACAACGAAGAAAACUAAAAAUGCAAAUGUGCCAGUUCCAGCACCAUUACCCUCUGCAGGCUCACUUGAACAUAACAGUAAUUCAUCGUCGUCCUCAUACCCUGGCUCCGAGCAAACAGGAACAAAUCAACAGAUCAAUUCUCAACUACCGCCACCUCCACUUACACAGCCAACUCAACAUCAUACUCAAAUUCCAAUGCAACAGCCGUCGAAUACGCAUAGUGGAUAUAAUAACUAUCCUCCACAACAGCAAUCAUACGCUAAUUACCCGCCUCCGCAACAGCACGUUCCUCCUGUACAUUCUCAACCGCCGAAUGACCAAGCACCAUAUGCACCGUAUCCACCAUACAAUAUGGGUUAUCCACCGUAUCAACCACCGACGACACAGAAUGCUCCUCCGCCCACAUCGUAUCCAUCUCAACCACCAUACGAUCCAAAUUAUCAACCGCCACCAACUAAUUUCCACAAACCUGAUGAUAGUGCGCAACCAUCAUACAAUUCUCAGCCAAGUACAACACAAUUACCGAAUCCACAACCGACUCAACAUCAAUAUAAUCCAGCGCAGUCGCAGCCACCGCAAAAUCCCCCACAUGCUGCAUAUCCACAAAGUAGUCCAAAUGUACCGGCAUACCAGCCGCAACAUCAUAAUCCACCACAACAGCCAUAUCAGCAACCAUAUUAUCAACCACCGCCGACUGCGUAUCCACCUCAGUCCGGAUAUAAUUAUCAAACGCCGUAUGGCCAUGGAGGAUAUGCUCCACCGCAAGGACCUCCUCCAAUUCCACCGCCACAAAUUCCACCACAACACGGAAAUCAGCCGCCUCCGUCGCAUAUGCCAGUCAAUCACCAAUCGACACCCAAUCAAUAUCCACCAUCGCAGCAAUAUCCUCCUCAGCAGCAGCAACAGCAACCUCUGCCGCCCCAACAAUCACCAGUCGGAAAUGAUCAGCAAAAUCAACAGCAGCAAUACGCUCCGUAUCAGAACAAUUACAAUUACAAUCCGUAUAGCAAUCCUCACCCAGGACCGUGGCAGUGAACCCAGUGAAGGUAUUGAUUUUGAUAUUAGAUAAUCUUCGUUAAUUAAGUCAAUUGGAGUUUUUAAUGUCGGCGUUCCAUUUAACUGUAGAAAAAACCUCCGCCAUUUUUAUCAAUCACGUAAAGUGUGAGCAAACGAAUUUAGCUUUUUGUAAAUUUUUUUUCGUUUUUUUUUAAUUAGGAAAAACAGUAUUUUGUCGGUACGUGAAUUAUACAUACUUUACGUACGGUUAGCCUAAUUUUCGAAUUUUUCAAUAAAAACGGAAUCUUAAUUCAAAAAUGUUAUUGAUUCAAUUAUAAGAAUGGAAAUCACGUGCAAUAUUACGUACAAACUGUUAUCAUCCAGUGUGUUGUUAAACUGUUAAUAGUUUUUAUUUUACGGACGAUAAGGGGACAUCCAUAAAACAUGUCAUCCCAGAACAGCAGCGAUUUUUUUUAAUCUUCGUAAGACAUCGAAAACAUGGUUUCUCAAAGGGAAGUUUCUUGUCUUCCGCUCCUUCUCACUAAAUGGUGUUGUAAUGUUUUUGGUGUUUUUUUAUGAAUCAGAUGUCUUAAUAUUAGUCUGAAUAAUCGGGAAUGAAAAAGUCUGACGUGGUUUAUGGGAUUUACGGGAUUUAUGGAUGAUCUCUAGAACGACAGUGUGUUCGUUUGUUGAUGGAUACAAAUUGCUAGUAAGGACAUUCAUAACGUUUUAUACGAAACAAAAAACUGUCGGCUCAGUUAUCGGUUCUUAUGUAAUUUUUUCAUUUCAAUUUUCAGAUUUAAUUUUUUUAAGUUUUCGUUUUUCGUAUUAAAUCCGUUCAAUGAAUGGAGCUGUUCUGUUAUCGUCUUUUUUACAUGGAAAGCGUAAAGCGUGUCCUGAUACUGCCAUUGAAUCUAUUCAUCUCCGUUGUUUAAACUAUUUUUUGUGUUUGAUUGGAAAUCUUUUAACAGAUGUAUACAGCUAGUGAGUAGCGAUUAAAUCAUCUCUGCUCAAAUUAAAAACGACAAGAAAGAAGCGUUAAGCCUGCGCGUUUUCAAGGGGAUAUGUAGAUCCAGAAUUGACCCCUGAUUGCCAUAGAAUCAUUUAAUAAAAAAAACAUUUGUUCGUACGUUCUGUGCGCACUCAUAAAAAUCGAGUGUAGUGGUACCUAACGUCGUCUUCAGUCUCUUAGACAUAAAAAUAUGAGAUUUGAUAUGAUUUAAUCAAUAUUUUAAACAAUUAGAAGUCGUUUGCACAAGUCUUGCGAAAGCUGAUUUUUCGUUGAAGCCAUUUCCAUGAAAGUUUGUCACUAAAACAGUGAAUGGGUCUACAGCCCGUCAACAUUUUUCAUCAACUUCAUGCUUUUUUCCACUUUUUAUGUUUUUAAUUAAAAUUAAAAUUAAAAUACGAGCACGGCUCAUUAUUUGGAACUUUUAAUUCGGAGAAUUAGGAGAAUUCGGACAGAAUUCCGAACCAAUUCUGAUUUUUUUUUGAAACUUUUUCAGAACUAAAAUCCCCAAUGAAAUAAUUAGCCAUGACUUCGAGGCAUCCAAAGAGUAACUUUUGUUUUCUCUGCUAGAUAAAAAUUUCGGAACUUCAAAGUACACCAAAUUGUCCAACAUAGUCGUUACGGAUUAAUUGUCAUGGUUCCAAUUUAUACGUUUAACAGAAAAAUACUUAAGAUACUUAUCAAAAACUCAGUUUUUACGAGUGCGCAAAGAAAGUCCGAACUUAAAUUCUUUUUAUUAGACCUUUGGUAAUCUCGCGUCAAUUCUGGUUCAAUCAUAUCACCUUGUCUUGAGAAAUGUUAAAACAAUUAAAAUAGAAGACUUGGUAUCAAACAACAAACAUUCGUUGGAUACAUUUUGAUUGAGCUUCAUAGAAUGUUAUGUUUUAGUGAUUUGGUAUCAAAUACUAAGUGAUAAACAAAAGAAGUAAUAGAUUCGUUUGUGCUAUCUGGGGAUACGUUGCUUCCGUAUGGUUUAUUCAAAGAACCGAUAUGCACAUAAUAAAUUGUAGGAAUAAAUAUCAACAAAAAGCAAAAUAGAUUUUAAACGUUUUACUGUACAUUUGAUAUGCUAGAAAAAUUUCGUCAUUCAUUAAAAUGGUAAUUUAUAAGAUCUGAACAUAAUUAACAUAACAAAGUAGACUUUUGCUUUUUUGCCGGACAAAAGAAACUUUUUUAUAAAAAAAAAAACGAAAUCGCUAAAUUGAUUUUUUAUAAAAUGAAAUUUUACUCUUCUUUACAAACGUAGAAGUUUAAUGAUAUUUCAAUUACAUAUUAGUAAACAGUGUAUGUUUCAAUAAACAAAGCAAAAGUUAGAGCAUUUACAAUUAAAUAAAUUUAAAUUCGUUUUCUAAGAGUAAGUAACCAGCGUUCAAAAAGCAGCAUAAAUAAUAAAAAUGAGAUACGUAAAACAGAGGAUUUAUAAUUCAUAAGCGCACUAAAUAAUAAUAAAUUGAUUAGUAAAACUUUCCCUGAUUCGGUGGAUACAUAAUGAUGUUUGUGGGUAAAUGCAAUUUUUGAUGAAGAUGAUACAAAUCAGAGCAAAAAAAAACUAUAUCUUUGGAUACGUUCAACCAACGUUCUUUUUUUUAAUAUAAUAAAUUAAGGAUUUUGUUUUUAAUAUAAUUGUAUAAGCAAUAUGAUUGCAUUUUUCACUUUAAUUUCUGUAGAUAUGCUAAUGUUAAAAAAGAAAAGAAAAUUCGUUCGUUCGUUUUAUGUUUCCUCCCCAAUUUAUUUAUUUUAUUGUUUUAUAUUCGAAGGUGUCGAUCAAAGUAUUACUAAAAAAGAAAAUUAUUAAUAAAUUUAUCAAAGAAAUCGAAACUAAAUUAAUUGAACUGUGUGCCAAAGCAAGAUGGGCUCCAGUUCAUGUAGGAUUAAAAUAAUAAUUUUACACACACACACACACCGCGUAUGUUUUACGUUGUCGUCGACCUAUAUGAUUGUAUUAGCGCUUUAAAUAUUUUUUAUUAAAUUAAAUAAAUAUUCACAAAGAACAUAGUUACAUCUAUUCGAACUAAUAAAUUAAUUGCAUAAAUAAAUGUGUCAAAUCUCAAAACAAACAAACAAACAAAAAAAAACCUAUUAAUGUAAUUAUGAAUAUAAAUGAAUAAUAGAAAUAUUACUCUCUCA